GUUUGUUUGUAUUGUUGAAUUGUUUUGAGGUUAGAAAAUCGUUGAUUACAGAUCUAGGUAAAGAUAACUUAUACAAAAACAGCAAGUUUCGCUUUCAAUUAAAACCUCCCAAAUUGUUAGAACUAGCACAGGAGAUUAAUUUGCGGACUGACCUUGACUAAUGGAACCAGUUUUGACCAACGGCCCUGUUUGUAGAGAGUCCAGUCGUUUUAUAACAAGGAGGAAAUCAAUUGCUUCUGGUUCGUCAGAGAAAAACAAGUGACUCAUUCUGAUGAAUAUAAAAUGGCACGGCAAGGUGCAGUUGGUGUUGAAGAUUUGAUCCUGAAAAAAGUAUUAUCUCUCCGCCGAUGGAAGAAAACGAAACUCUAUAAAAGUCGUUCAAAAUGGGACUUCCAGUUUACCAUCAUGACUUACAAUAUCCUGAGCCAAAAUGCAGUGGAGAACCACAGAUACCUCUAUAGAAAUUGCAAUCCUACUUAUCUACAAGAGGACUAUCGAAUUUCCAGAAUUAUGCCAGAAGUACUUAAAAGCAGAAGUGAUAUCAUUUGUCUACAAGAAGUCGAACAGAACUUGUUCGAUAGCAGAAUCAAACAGGUAUUCGAUUCGAAUGGUUUUGCAUCGAUCUUCAAGAGGAGAACUGGUUCAAAAUCUGAUGGCUGUGCCAUUUUGUGGCGGAGGAAGAAGUUCCACCUUGUUCAGCAGAAGGCUGUCGAAUUUCGAACCAAAGCAAACCAAUUACUAGACAGAGACAAUAUUGGCUUAAUUGCUGUUUUAAAGCCGAAUCAUCCUAAAUUUACUAAUAUGUUAUUGCAUGUGGCAACAACUCAUCUUUUGUUUAAUCCCAGACGAGGCGAUAUAAAAUUAUGUCAGCUUCGUUGGUUUUUUGCUGAACUUGAAAGGCUGUCAUUAAAAGAAGUGAAUGGCGAAACACGACUCUACCACCCAAUAAUCCUUUGUGGGGACUUCAAUAUUGAACCUAAUUCACCUUUGUAUCAGUUUAUUGAAACUGGUUGCAUUAAUUUAUUAAAUAUUGUGUCAGGCGAUCUGUCAGGGCAGGCUGAAGGAAAAAGUAAGGGAAAACUUGUUGAAAUGGAGAAGAUGGUAUUACAUAAUCUAGGUAUUAGCGAAGCUAGUCGAUUUGAAGAAAUAUCCCCCAAGGAUGAUAAUUUAACAAAUACUGCACAAGGAAAAGCAGAAUCAUCGUCAACGCCCACCAAAAUCAAAAAUGUCGAGACUUGUUCAAAAUCCGACCCUUCUUCCAAUGUAAAAGCUCUUGAUCCUGAUUUACUUAAAGCAAUGGGUUCUUCUACUGAUUCUAGAUGGAUUGCAACGUUUUUAGCUUUGGGCAAUAAAGAACUUGCUACUAAAAUAGCAUCAGAUUUUAAAAAAGGACAACCAUCUGCGAAUCAAGUUGACUUAAAUCGAGCAGGAUCCUCGAAACAUGAUUCAGACUCUUCCAGCGUAGAAUCGGGACUUAGUUUCCGUCACGAUUUCAAGUUAGUUCCUGCUUAUAAGUUCCAUAAUUUUUCCGACAAAAACAUGCCUAUAACGUCCAUGACUGGGAAUGAUUGUAAUGCAGUUGAUCAUAUCUUUUAUGGUGUAAAUAAGAAAAGAGAUAUCAAUUCGUAUACCGAGGGUGAAUUAAGAUUGUUAUCUAUUUAUACUCUAAUGCAAGCCGAUGAUGUUUCUGAACUAGGUGGGUUACCAAACGCAGCUCUAGGCUCGGACCAUAUUUCUUUGAUGGCACAUUUUGCUCUCAGCACCAAACGAUAAUUUCUGUCCCAUCUACAGAUAAUUUUCAUUUAAACUGCACGAUGUUUGUUUGAUUUUUUUUUUUAGUCCAAUUCCAUUUUUUUUUCUCUCGUUUAGCAACUACAACUUUUACUUUUUAAAAUUUUAGUUUUGUUAUUGAAAAUUGUUAUAAGAUUUUUUUUUAACUUCUAGAUGGAAUAUUUAUUGUAUUUAAUUCCUGUCUAACAACUUACUCAUUGACAAAACUGUUAAUAAACUCAUCUUUUGAUGUCAUUUUUUAUUUUCUGAAGACGCGUGAGCUAAUAAAGCU